UUAUUAGUGAAUUUCACCAAAUGAUAUACGUUCUCUGCUUUAUAACCACCUUUUUACAACAACAACCAUUGUUUAAAAAGAUGAUAUAUUAUUGUAAUUGAUCAAUGUAAUUCCAGAAAUCAUUAUUAAGUUGGUUAUAAAUCGAACAAUCCUUUGUAAAUCAGCUGAUAAGAGGAUUGAACAGAAAAAUUGCGAAAACGAGUGGAUGUUAUCAAGUUUCGAAGGAGGGAGAAGAUAUUUUCUUUUCGAGUGUGUGUCUGUUAAAUUAUGUCUGGACUAGUGCAUUUGGCGAGAUUUUGUAGCAAGCAGCAACAAAUAACAUCAACAAAUAGACGAUUCUCCAGCAUAGUGAGAACCACUUCUGGCAUACUUAAAGCGCAUGGACAACGUAGAUUACCUGUUCAUUUGAAUUAACAAACUUCGUGAACAACAACAUACAAAGUAUUUAAAAUAAAAAUAACAAAACUAUUAAGUCAGUAACAAUCUACAUUCGAACACUGUUUGCUGUCACACACAAUUGGUACAAAAUUUACAGAAAAAAAGUAGUUCUAACUAUUCAUAAGUAUUGUAAACGGGAUCAUGGGUCGCACAGGCCGCGCAAGGCAACGCAAUAAACGUAUUCGUUCAAUGCAAAAUGCCACAGAAAGCCACUUAAAUCCUUUACUAUAUGAGAUGAGAAGGCUGGGUUGGCACAAUCCAAGUCGGUUAACGGCACGUGACUUUCCAAUUACUGGUCGGGGUGUUUGUUCGAAAGUACAAAAAUUCUCUGAUGGCGAUAAACUUAUAAAACUACCCCUGAAAUGUUUGGUUACAAUAUCAACACUGGAAGAAGCUGCCCACUUUAAAUCACAAUUUGAUGUUACAAAAUUCCACAAAGAUCGCAAAAUAUCAUUUCAAUCAUUAUUAGCGUUAUAUAUACUACACGAGAAACAUCUGAAAGAAGCUUCACAUAUUAGCGCUUACAUAAACACCAUACCUAAACAAUUUAGCACACCUUAUUUUUGCCCGAUUGCUGAGCUGCAACGUUUGCCUAAGGAAAUUUUGGAGAAGACAGUUGAGCAACAUCGCCUUAUUCGUGAAAAUUACGCCAACCUAAAGAGUGUUUUCCAUAGAAACAAAUGUUGUUAUUGCAAUCAGCUGUAUUUUGAUGAAAUCUAUACGCUGGAUGCAUUCAAGUGGGCUUAUUUUGCUGUAAACACACGAAGUGUUUUUGUAUUCAGUCGCCAAGUCAAACCAGACAAAUGCUUUUUUCAACUGCUACUCGAUGACGAGCCAAAUAUGGCAUUAGCUCCAUUUCUUGACCUCCUCAAUCAUUCAGAUGAAGUAACUACAAAGGCCGAACUCAUACCAACGGGGCCAAAAAAGCAAUUGGAAUACGUUGUGACAUUACAGAGGGAGAGCGACGCUUCUGCAAUUUCACCACGUUCACAACUGUUUAUAAGUUAUGGCACCUAUUCAAAUUUUGAAUUACUCAUCGAAUACGGUUUUUUCAUACCUAAAAAUCAACACGAUUAUUUUAGUUUUUUGCUAACCGAUAUUGAGGAUUUUCUGAAACACGACAAAACGUACAGCAAUUUAAUUUUGCAUCGCAACAAAUUUGCCUUUAUACGCCACCACAAUUUGCACGACGAAAUGUUUGUGCACUUGCUUGAUGGCGUUUCGCACAAUUUAUGUGUUGUACUGCAUUUGCUUGUACACGAGCAGAGUGUAUACCCGAAUGUGCUUAAUGAAGUGGCUUUUGGUGCGGCUGAGAGAUUGGCCAAUGUCGAGAAUGAAGUGCGUUCACUUGUGGCUUAUAAAAUAAACACUUAUAGAACAUUUUUGAUUGAUUUCGAAAAACUCACCACACUUAGCGAAAGCGGAAAAGUAGCGAAAAGCUAUAUGGAAGAGUGCAUACGUUACCUUGAAGAUUAUUUAAAUAGUAUAUGAAGUAGAGUAGAAGUUAAGCCGAAAAUAUACACACUGUAUAUUAAUUUUAAAUAAAAUUAUUUCUUUUUUAAUAUUGAAACA